AGAGAUUUGGAAUGGUAUCAAGCAGCAGUCAUAGUGGCAAAGUUACAAUUCGGUUUAGCAGUUCUAGGUAUCCCUUCUACCUUUCAUGCUUUAGGAAUCAUACCUGGAACAGUAAUCUUGAUCAGUUUUACACUCAUCACAACGUAUGCAGGCGUACUCGUGACACAAAUUCGUGAAAUUCAUCCGGAAAUUCUAAACGUACAAGAUGUGGGUGAAUUGUUAUUUGGAAGAUGGGGGGCAAGGGCGCUUGGAAUGAUUUACUUCUUGUUUGCCGUUUUGGUCGUCAGUGCUGGCCUUUUAACAACUUCGAUCGCUUUAAAUGCUUUGACAAAUCAUGCAACAUGUACAAUGGUCUUUGUCGGUUUAGCAGCACUUUUGGCCUGUUUGAUUGGAGCGCCUCUUCGUGAUCUUCAUCGAGUUUCUUGGCUUGGUUGGUUGGGUAUGACUUGUAUCCUGUCCAGCGUUUGGGUUUUAGUCAUCACUUUGGCAAUCCGUGGUCAUCCGUAUGUAGAGCAUGAUCGAUACGAUUUCCUUGCCCCGAUCGAACGUCCACUUUGGGCAACUGGUGAUUUUUCCGCUUGCAUGGUUAGCAUCAAUAUGCAAAUCAUUUCUGUAAUGGGAAACGUUUCAUUUUAUUCUGUAAGUGCAGAAAUGCGUCAACCUGCAAAAUUCACAAAAGCAGUCAUUGUUGGUCAAGCAUUCAAUUUGAUCAUGUAUUUGUGCAUCGGUUUAGUGGUCGUUUAUAUUGCAGGUCAAUAUAUCACUUCUCCCGCUUUAGGUCUUUCAGGUCCGGUUAUGGAAAAGAUUUGUUUUGGGAUCGCAUUACCUGGUUUACUCGUUUCUACAAUCUUGUGGGCAAAUGUUGCAGCGAAAUAUGCAUACAAUCGAUUGGCUCAUGUCAGUUUCAAAAUUCGUGAAGCAACUUAUGCCAUUCAAUGGUGUAUUUGGACAGCAACUUUUGGCGGAGUUGUAAUUCUAGGUUUCUUGUUUGCAGGAUCGAUUCCAAUGUUUGAUCAAUUGAUGGGCUUAACCGGAGCUUCCGCUGGACCACUUUUCGUUCUGAUUCUCACCGGUCUUACGCAAAUUUAUAUCUUACGAUGCCAAAAAGGAGUCAAUAUGAGUCGAAAGGAUCAAGUGAACUUUUGGGCAACAUAUGCCGUGAGCGUGUUGUUCAUUAUCCUUGGUGUCUUCUUGACCGUUGCUGGAAUAUAUGGAAGCGUAGACUCAAUCAAUCAUGCCUAUACUUCUGAUCAUAUCGGAGGACCAUUUUCAUGUGUGGAUAAUGCA